AUGAAGGAGGACACGUGCGUGCUGUGCAAGACGGUAAUGGACAGGGUCAUCGUUUGCGAGACGGAAAACAUCAGGCCUUUUGAGGAGUUCCAGAUUUGGGGAGAUAACGCCGGGCCGGAGUACGACUGGGACGACAAGUCUCGAAUUUUCCUCCCUAAGGCAUACAACAAAAAAUUCGUCAGGCCUCUACAGAUCUGCCUCAAGAACCGUAAGGUGUUUAUCAUGGAGCAGGUCCGGUACACCAACCUCGAGCUGCAGCAGCACAUCGUGUCGGGGGACCCGCAGCUGGGACAGUCGGGACACCCCCGGUGUGAGUUCUGCAAGACUCGCUUCUACGACGCGGCGCAACUCCACGACCACCUGGUGAAGGACCACUACUCGUGCCACAUCUGCGAGAAGCAAGGCAUCCUGCACAAGUACUACAGGGACUACACGGACCUCGAGCGGCAUUUUCGUUCGGAGCAUUUCUUGUGCGAAGAGGAAGAAUGCUUGCAGAAGAAGUUUGUUGUGUUCGACAGCGAGAUCGACCUCGCCGCCCACACCCUUCAGAUGCACCCCCACAAGCCGAUCAAACGCCAGAUACAGGUGAACUUCAAGGUGAAGAGGUCUAACUGGGAUGGCACCGGGGACGAAGAGAAGGAUGCCGAGGAGAAGAAGCAGGACGAGGAGGUGCACGAGUGGACCUAUGAGGGAGAGAUCGGGGACCAGACGCAGCCCCCAGAGGUCCUAGCGGCGAGGCGCGAAGCUGCCCGCCGGGCCGCCCGCGACGGCGGGAUGAUCGGCCUUCCCGCCCCCGCCCCCGCCCCCGCCGCGGCUGCCGAUAACUUCCCGACCCUCUCCGGCGGCGGCGGCGGCGGGGGCGGCGGCGGCGGCAGAGGGGGGGGAGGGUCUAGGUCGGGUUGGGCCGGCCUUGCGAGCUCAACACGCCCGCGCGCGGAAGACUUUCCCGCACUGGGGGGUAGGGGGGGUAGAGGUGGUGGUGGCGGGUCGACGUUUAGGUCGGCCGUAGAGGCGUAUCCUACCAGGGCGCAGGAGAUUGCCAUGUCGGGGGCGGGGGAAGGUGGUUGGUGCUUCGACUACCCCAUGCCUCCCUCGGAGCCGACGGGAGGAGGAGGCGGCGGGGGAAGGGGGCGAGUUGCCGGGAUCGGGAACAUGAAGCUAAAGGUGGACAAGAAGGCAGAAGCGGUAGUAGUCGAGGACUUCCCGCUAGCGCCUGGAAUGAGAGCACCACCUCCUUCAGCCCAGGCCGGCCCUAUCGCCGCCGCCAACUCCAGCGGUCCAACCCUAGCGCAGUCUAUCGCCGCACGGCAACAACCGCAGCCACAGCAGGAGCAACUUGGAGGAGGGGGAGGGCCGCCUUCGGUAGUGAUGGAGCUCAAGGAGUUGCUCGGCGAGGAGGUGUUUGCGGAGGUGAAGGAAAUCUCGGCGUCCUACCGGUCGGGGUGGAUGAUGCCUGGGGAGUACUUCAAGGCCAUGGAGGAGCGGCUGCCGGAAGAGCGGUUCGGAGAGCUGUUCGAAGGGCUAAUCGGGACUCUGCCGGACCAGGACAAGCGGAGAGAGAUGCAGGUCUUGCUCGCGGCAAGCCGGUCCGUCAAGGCCAAGGCCGCGGCAAAGAAGAAGCCCAAGAAGAAACCGCCACCCCCUGCUGCGACCGCCCCAGCCGCCGCACCGCCACCACCACCAACAACGACAAACGGAGGUACCGCUGCCGGGGCGGAGAGCUGGCCGGAGGUCGGUGAAAACUCUUCUUCCGCGGGAGCUGCCGGCGGGAAAGCGAAGACCCGAGGCAAGCAGGCCAAGAGCAACGGUGCAGCUUCGAACGGCAGAGGCAAGGCGGGGGGUGGAGGAGGGGGAGGAGGAGGAAAAUCCAAGACGUCGCCGUCGACCGUUGCCGGCGCUAAGACGCCGGGGAGCGCGGCCACCUGGCUCAAGGCCAUGGGCACGAAGACGGGGGGGGGUGCGAAGACCGGGGGCACCGGGAUUUCCAUCGUGCGACCGUCUGCAAGGGCCGGCGGCGGCGGCGGCGGCGGCGGCAGUACCGCUCCCAACGCGAGCUCUACCAUUACGGCCGUCGCCGGCGGCUACAGCGGCAGCAGGCUGCAGUGCAACCCCGGCGUAAGGGCGAGGCCGGAGUCUCCGCCCCCCGGCGCGCCGCUUCGGCGGCGGGACGAGGAAGAGCUCGUCGGGGGAAUCGGGCAGGCGGGGGCAUCCUGGGCUACUCAGGGGGGCUCGGGCUUCAAGGGCGCGAGCAAGGCAACAGCAGCACCUGCGGCCGAAAAAACCAAGAUCAGCAGGGAUGAUUUCCCGGGCCUCCCGGGGGGGGGUGGGGGCGCCGCCGCCUUGAGGGCAAACCGGGCCGACUUCCCGAGUCUCCCCGAGGAAGGGGCGGGCAUGCGGGGGCUGGGCGGCACCGCUACCGCUACCGCGUUCAAGGUCAAGCCGAGGGCGAAGGCUCCGCCACCCGCCCCACAACAGAGGCCGCCAACGGGAGACGACUUCCCGGGGUUGCCGAUGCCGGCGUCUUCCUCGGUGAUGCCUGGGAUGGAGAAGGUGGACUGGGGGGGCUCCGCACAUAGUGGCGGUUCUCAGAGGGGGGUGGGUGGGGGUGGGGGUGCGGGCGGCGGCGGCGGCAAGGGCACGAAGAAGAAGAACAAGCAGAAGAUGGAGAAGGACGCCUUGAAAGGGAUGGCGUUUGGAUUCCGGUAGUACAGAAUGUUUCCGUUUCCCUGCGAAAGGCCGUCUUCAUGGUGCUGUCUGACUGGUGGUACGGUAGGGGGGUGCGCUUUUGUGGUGAUAUCUUACGCUUUCGGGAAGUUUAAGUCCUGUUGCGGUGAUCGUACGGCGAAAUAGAACGCGUCCAAAAGGUUUGCGUAGAUUGUGUCUCGUUACCCGGAAGUGUAAAAUGAGGUGAGCCCCCUACCGUAGCAUCCCUCGUCUGGGGUCAUUUUGAGCAAAGAAUGCGCGUCUUUGGUGUGCAUGCCUGCGUUGUUGCUGUGCUACCAAAACGCCCUCUAUACCCUUACUAGCUGUUUUCGGCACCAUAGAAACUAAUAGCGACGUGUUGGCGCUUGCAGGGUACAUCAAAUAGGCGAUAGUCGUGUGCGUCGGGUGGUGGUGUUGUGCUGAUUUCUUGGUGCGGUCGUUCAAUGAGCCCUCGACUGUUUUGACCUUUCAAGUGUUGUUGCGUUCGGAAAAAAGGUCCCGCGUGGGCGAGUGGUGCUGCGUGUUGAUCUGUUCUUUCCCAGGUAUUCACCCGGGAACGGCUCUUUCUACAGGGAGUUCUCUCUUUGUUUUGUCGUCUGCUCUUUAGGGCGGGGUGCGGGAGAAUUUACGUGCGUUGGACGGCAACGUGGACGCCAAUGGGUUCGACGUCUAUUAGUAGAACUGCCCUUACGGCUAAUCUUUCGAACAG